GUAACAGACAGGUGGCGCAGUGUGUAGCUCGGCGGAGAGUGGUAACCGGCGGCGGCGGUAAUAUCCGAAGGAGCGGGACUGGGCCUUGAGCCGAUCCGGAGACAAUGGCGUUCGUCACCGCCAACUGGAACCCCUUCGGGAAGGUGUUUUACAGGAAAUUUAAUCUGUAUUCUGAUUGGAAGAUAAAAGAAGACCUCAGUAACUGUUUAAUUGCAGCUGCACCAUAUGCCGGUCCAAUAGCUUUGAUCAACGGAUCACACAGAGAAAGAUCUCCAAGUUUACGGCCUGUAAUGGAAAUCUACUCUUCAUCAGGCAAUCGGAUUGUUUCUUUACCGUGGAAGAGUGGUCAUGUUGUUCACAUUGGCUGGACUACCAAUGAGGAUCUACUCUGUAUACAGGACGAUGGAACUGUUCUCAUCCAUGAUAUUUUUGGCUCUUUUAAGAGGCACUUCAGCAUGGGAAAUGAGGUGUUGCAGAAUCGAGUUGUGGAUGCCAAGGUUUUCCCCACUGCUUAUGGCUCAGGAGUUGUUAUAUUAACUGGUGCUUUUAGAUUCACACUUGCCACAAAUAUAGACGACCUCAAACUCCGAAGAUUUCCUGAAGUUCCAGGAUUGCUGCGACCACCAACAUGCUGGGCUGUAUUGAUGCAAGAUCGACAACCCAAAAUUGUUCUUGCUAAUGGGAAGGAUUUAUAUAUCUUAGAUAAUGCUUCCUGCACAUCGGUGAUUCCACCUGGCCUUGGACCGCAAGUCUGUGGAUUUACCCAAAUUGCUGUUUCGUUCAAUUAUAAAAGGCUUGCUCUGUAUACAGACACUGGUGACAUUUGGAUGGGUUCUUCAUCAUUCAAGGACAAAUUGUGCGUAGUUGAGACAAACUUCAAAACAGCGCCUAAGCAGUUUGUCUGGUGUGAUAGAUCAAAAAGCAACAAUCCAACUGUAGUUGGCAUUUGGGAUAAAGUACUUUUUAUAACAGGGGAAUCAAACGAGACCAUUAAAUUUUAUCAAGAUGAAGAUAUUCACUUGGUGCCUGAGGUCGAUGGUGUUCGAAUUAUUAGUCCUUCUAAUCAUGAAUUUCUACAUGAAGUCCCACCUGCUUGUCAAGAUAUUUUCAAAAUUGCCUCAAUGGCACCUGGUGCACUUCUGCUGGAAGCUCAUAAAGAAUAUGAGAAAGAGAGUCAGAAGGCAGAUGAGUAUUUACGAGAGAUCAAAGAGCAAAACCUCUUGUUUGAAGCUGUGCAGCAGUGCAUUGAGGCAGCAGGCAAUGAAUAUGAACCUGAGAUGCAGAAAUCCCUGCUGAGGGCAGCCUCCUUUGGUAAGUGCUUCAUCAGCAAUUACCCACCAGAUACUUUUGUGAAGAUGGCCCGAGAUCUGCGUGUAUUGAACGCAAUGCGAGACUAUACUAUCGGCAUUCCUCUUACUUAUCCUCAAUAUAAACAGCUCACUAUUGAAAUUCUAAUAGACAGAUUAAUUUUGCGUAGACUGUACCCUCUUGCAAUAAGGAUUUGUAAGUACAUGAAAAUAUCAGAAUUGCAGGGAGCAAGUCGGAUCUUGGCUCACUGGGCCUGUUAUAAGGUCCAGCAGAAGGAAGAGCCUGAUGACAGCAUUGCUCGUGCAAUCAACCACAAACUUGGGGACACUCCUGGCAUUUCCUAUUCUGAAAUUGCUGCUAAGGCUUAUGAAUGUGGCAGAAUAGAGCUGGCGAUAAAGCUUUUAGAGUACGAGCCAAAGUCUGGUGAGCAGGUACCCUUGCUGUUGAAGAUGAAAAGGAGUCAGUUAGCACUACUUAAAGCGAUUGAAAGUGGAGACAGUGAUUUAGUGUAUACUGUUGUGACAUACCUAAAGAAUGAAAUGAACAGAGGGGAUUUCUUUAUGACACUUCAGAAUCAACCCGUUGCACUAAGUCUUUAUCGUCAGUUUUGUAAGCACCAAGAGCCAGAGACACUCAAAGAUCUGUUCAACCAGGAUGACAAUCACCAAGAGCUUGGGAAUUUCUAUGUGCGUGCCAGUUAUUCUAACGAAACGACAAUUGAGGGACGAGUAGCUGCUUUGCAGAGUGCUGUAGAUGAAUACAAUAAAGCCAAGAAUGAAUUUGCUGCCAAGAUCACAGAAGAACAGAUAAAAUUGGUGCGAUACCAGUUUCGCUUGCAAAAAGAAUCUGGUAAAACAUAUCUAGACUUAUCAUUACAUGAUACUGUUCAAGCACUGUUACUGGAAAGCAAGCACAAACAAGCUGAGCAACUUUACAAAGACUUCAAAAUUCCUGACAAAAGGUUUUGGUGGUUGAAGAUUUCUGCACUGGCAGAAAAAGAAGACUGGGAGGAACUUGAGAAAUUUUCUAAAAGCAAGAAGUCCCCGAUAGGAUAUAUGCCUUUUGUUGAAAUCUGUGUAAAACACCGUAACAAAUAUGAAGCUAAGAAAUAUGUAGCAAAGGUCAGUCCAGAGCAGAAAGUGAAAGGAUAUAUAAUGGUUGGAGACCUAGAUCAAGCUGUGGAAACCGCAACAGAACGCAAGAAUGAAAGCGAAUUGAACAUUAUUCUUUCAAAGUGCACGUCAGUCACUGAUCAGUCAACUGUGGAAAAAAUUAAUCGAGCAAAAGCUCAGAUUUUAAAGAAAUAAGAUGCUUUUCAAAGGUAACAUGCUUAGUAUCUAUCAUGUUCCCUAUUGAUAAUGGGUUUUUUGUUUUGUAUGUUUAAAGAUGUUUAUUGCUAGCGUGGUGUACAGUUGUUUGAUAUACAGAUGCCCAGGUGGACAGGAGUGCUAAAAUAGCAAAUUAAUGAAACCUGAAAAGAUUGAACUAAUUUAGCUUAAUUAUCGUAUCACCAAGUGAUUUUCCUUGUGAUGAAAAUUACUUUUAAGCCUGAUAUUUAAUUCAGAGCUGCACUGAUAUAUAAGUUACUGAGUUACUCUAUUAACAAAAGAAAAUUAGUGAAGUAGGAAUGAGAUUAAACGUGCAUUAAUUAUGUUUGUAUUUAUUCUGGUUUAAAACUGUAUAUUUUUCUGUGGGCUUCUAGUAUAUCUGUUGAUUGAAAGUGUACUUGAAACUGUGACAGUUUCCUGUUACUGCAAAAUAUUGGAGAAUCAAGUGUAGAAUUAAAAAGCUUCAAGUAUUAAAAAAAAAUCACUUAGCUCUGCCCUGUUAUAACUGCUUCUCUUUUCUGCGUGGUACAUUGCUUUCAUUUGGAGAGCACAUGGUAUAUUUGACACAUCCCUGAAAAAAUUAAUCUGAUUACAUAACAGCAUUUACACAUUCCAUUUGAUUCGAGGCUGCUGAACCGAAGAUAUUUUGCUUGUUAAACAUGACUU